AGUUUGAUCUAUAUAAGAUGGAUAGGCUGUGUUUUCAUCCAGUCGAGUUUAGGUACCCACCGCAAGGCUGUUGGCUGAAGAAAAACCUGAUCUCUUGGUAUCGAAAAAUGUCUGCAAACGUGACAGCAAUGGUGAAUGGAACACAGUCCAUGUCGAGCUGCUUCAACCCCACAGCGACAAGAAUUGGUGAAACCUUCGCCUACUGUCUGCUAUUUGUUGUGUCGCUGGCUGCGAAUACCUUCAUUGGAAUAAUUGUCUAUAGGACGAAAACUCUGAGAACACCAAUCAACAUUUUGAUUGUAAACAUGGCAAUCUCCGAUCUGUUGUUCCCGAUUUUCCUCUUUCCUCAAAUUCUUGUAAGGUUAAACACGGCCGGCCACUGGCUACUUAGCGGUCCCCUUGGCCAAGCGGCGUGUAAACUGAGUAACUUCGCUGCAGAUGUCUCAACUCUAGUGUCAAUUCAGAGCCUGUUGUUGAUCGCAGUGGAUCGAUUUGUAGCUGUAGUAUUUCCUCUCCGUUCCCCACUGAUCAGUUCAAAGCAGUGCCGGUACUUCAUUCUCGUCAUUUGGAUCGUCGCCAUGGCAGUCCAUUGCCCAUAUUUGAUCGCCUUUAAAGUUCUUGAGUAUUCAGAAGGGCUAGUUUGUUCGUUGCAGUGGAAUGACACAUUUGGAGAGUCCCUAUCGUUGCAAACCUACAUACUGGGAUUGAUCGUUGUUACCAGAUAUGUCCCUUUGGUUUUGAUUGCCAUACUUUAUUUUGCCAUUGCCUUAAGAAUUAAAUCGCAGAAGAUUCCUGGGGAACAAUCAGCUAACGCAAGAGAACGGCGUUUGAAGAAAGAAAGAAAUGUUCUUAAUAUGUCCGUUGCCAUUGUCUUGGUGUUCGCCGUAUGCUGGUUGCCACUCAGCAUCUGCCUCUUGCUGUCCCUUUAUUCAUCAAACAUAGCUAUAUGGUCAUCUUGUGGCAUGCAAUACUUUGGAACUAUUGCCUUUCUUCUGGCGCGCUCGUACUGUGCUGUAAAUCCUUGCAUCUGUUUUAUCUUCAGUGGUAAUUAUCGUCAAGGUCUCAAGAAUCUCUUCGGUUGUUUUCCUACAGGCGAAGCUGCUUAGUUAUCGUUUUCUCCCCAGCCUUCUGCAUGCUGUUUGGAUUUAUCCGCGCAUUGAUGUGGCUGAACAUGCCCGCCGUUUCUUUAUCCCUAUUUAUAGAGAAUUUGAGCAGAGACGUUUUUGAGACACGGGCGGCAACAGGAGAAAGAAUGGAACUAAAUCUGGCGCGAUUUGACGCUAAUUCAUCGACCGCAAGAAAUAAGAACUUUUAACUUGCGGCUGCCGUCCGCGUCUGCCGUUGAUGCUUAAGCUCCCUAAUAACUACUCUAACGAAGUAGCUGGUGCGGCCUAACCCAUCCAUCAACUGAUUUACUGUUUAGUGACAGUAAACUUUCCACAUUUUACAACUCUGGCCAUCUUUUUCUGACUUGUUGAAACUGUUCGUAAUCCCUUUUAGAAGAGCCUCGCUAUAUUGCUUCUGAAAUUUUUGACUUGGCACCCGAAAAAAAACAGCCCGUACGUAUUUUCAACUGGUCAGGCAAAGUGACAAUAGACGUUGUUGAGAUAAUGUGGGAUCUCCUUAAGACACACGCCAGCGGCAACGCGUAAUAAAUUAAAGAAAAACUUUAGAGCUGAAGUUAAUCAGAAAGGGAAUACUGUAAACGUUGUAGCGGUAACGUGUAAUAAAUUAAAGAAGAAGCUUUAGAGUUGGAGUU